CAUGAUGCCUGUUGCAACCGUCAUGCCUGACGACACGCCGAUGUUUGACCCAAAUAUUCUGCAUGAGCUUGACUGGAGCGAGAACACGACGACGUUUUCUCCUGCUAUUUCUCCAUUAGAUCCAGGAGAUGGUCUUGUUCUGAGACCGCUUUGCACAGCUGAUUUAAAUCGAGGUUUUUUUAAGGUUCUGGGUCAGCUGACAGAAACUGGAGUUGCGAGACCGGAGCAGUUUAUCAAAACCUUCGAGCACAUGAAGAGAUCUGGAGAUUACUACGUUACUGUUGUGGAAGACACAAAUCUUGGACAGAUUGUUGCUACAGCAACGCUGGUGAUAGAACAUAAGUUCACUCACUCCUGUGCAAAGAGAGGAAGGAUAGAAGAUGUCGUAGUCAGCGGGGAGUGCAGAGGAAAGCAGCUGGGUAAACUAUUAACGUCCACCCUUACAUUGCUAAGUAAGAGAUUGAACUGUUACAAAAUUACUCUUGAGUGUCUGCCAAAAAACGUGGAUUUCUACAAGAAGUUUGGCUAUUCGGUAUCUGAAGAAAACUACAUGUUUCAACGGUUCUUUAAUUAAGAACUUCUAGUUUUGUUUUAUUCUUUUUGUAAAGACUGUUGGUGGAGGAGCUUGUGCUACAAACAUUCUCUCUGUGGAAAGUUUCUAGUUUAUUGCUGCAAAUGUAAUAAUGAUCCCUAUAAAUAAUGAACAUCAAAUGUGUAAAUCCUGCAAAAAAAAAUACUGACAUUCUAGAAGGGUCCUUUGGGUUACGAAAUAAGUGCUUGGAACUAAUUUUUACUACUGUUCAGUCUAAGUGAAGCUUUUUUGUUCUAGCUACAAAGAGUUACAAAGGACUCUUGUUCAAGGGAUGGUUUUUAACCAAAGGUAUAUAUUUUUAUCUCAAAUUUUUUCUUGCAUUGUAUUUUUCUAAAGGUUUGUGCUUCUUUUCUUGGUAGCCAAAGUACGGCUGGCGGGGCUGUUCUCCUGCCUGUACUUCACAGGAGGAUGCUGUAGCUCAGGUAGGGAUGCUUCUCAUGCAAAAUUAGUGA